AUGGCUUCAACUAGAAUACCACUGUAUCGUGUCAACGGCACACAUUAUGAAUGUGCACAUACCAUUGGUACUAUAACACGGGAAAAAAUUCAUCGUCGCAUUACUGAUGGUUUUGCUGAGUUAUCAGUAUUAUUUGCAUUUAUCCGAACAGAAUGUGGACUUCGAUUACAUCGAAGUUUCAUUGAACUUAUUCGUGUAUUAUAUCCAUGGUAUUGGGAUGAAAUUUGUGGUUUAGCUGAUGGUUCAGGAGUUCCAUUAGAACAAUUACUUGUUUUGAAUUUUUUAAAUGAAACUCAAACAGCUUAUAAGUUAUUAGAAGAAAAACACAAAUUAGAUCCACGAAAUGAACAAUUUAUCAAUGAAAAUGGUGAAAAAGGAUGUACAACGGUUUUACUUAAUCGAAAAGAUACAAAUACAUUUUCAUUAUUACAUAAUGAAGAUCAUGCAACAGCGUUAUACUUAACUGGGUACCUUGUUGAAGCUGAUAUUCAAUCAAGUAAAUACGAUAAUGAACGUCAAAGUCCAAAUGAAAAAUUUAUUGCUUAUUGCUAUGCUGGUGUUAUUCCAGGAAAUGCUUUUGGUGCUAAUAAACAUGGUUUUGCAUUCAGCCUAAAUGGUCUAUAUCCAAAUUUUGUUGGACAUGAUCGUUUACCACGACAAAUAGUUAAUCGAGCUCUAUUGUCAGUACGAAAUGAGGAAGAUUUAGAUAAUCUACUUCAUACGUCUCCUGUGGCAUUUGGUUUUUGUAUAAAUGGAACCUUUUAUUGUCAACAAAAUUAUUUAAUUAAUUAUGAAAUUGGACCUAAUUUAAAGAUUGAUAAUGAAAAUUAUAUAAGUAAACGUCUUAUAAUAAAUGAUGAUCAAAAAAUAAAUCAAAGAGAUGACGAAUGCAAAACAGUAUUAAAUUAUCUAGUACACUAUAAUCAUUAUGAAUAUUUAAAUAAAGUAAUUAUUGAACAAAAACCCCUUAGUUCGACAUUGAGUCGUUGGAAACGUGGUCAAGAACUCGGUGAAUUAUUUACAAAUAAUGAUGCAAUCAAUUUACUCGGUGAUAAUGAAAAUGAAACAUUUCCAAUAUUUCGUGUUUCAAAUCAAACUGAUGUUGAUUCAUCAGUAACACUUUGUACAGCACAUUUUAAUUUUCAUACAUUACAAUUAUCAAUUUAUGAACAUAAUCCAAAAGAUAAUAAUCAACCUUCAUUUAUUUACAAUCUAAUUAAUCUAUUAAAUUAG